AUGGUCAGUGUUGAGAAAACGGCAGAUAUGGCGGCGGCGGAACCACAGGCACUUGCCAGUCCCAUUUGGAAAACAGCUCUGGAGCGGUAUUUCGCCGAAACCCGGAAAGGUGGGAUUAAAAAUGCGGUUAUCGAAAACCAUCUCUGGACUGUACAUACACCCGAAAACUUAUUUAACGGAAUCGAGGUUAUCGUACCACCGAACACCGAACCAUCCAUUUCCUGGGCGAGAAAAUUGACAACAGGAAAAACGCACAACCUGUCCUCGUGGAACUAA